CAUCUCUUGCCCCACGCAGGGAUCAGCCCCGAGUGGGCAACGUGGCUGGAAAGGGAAGAGAAGAGGUUCCCCCCCCCCACUGCCAGUAGCGGUGUCUGCAGGCGGUUCAGGGAGGGAGGGGAAAGGGGGGGGACACACGGAUUUGGAUUUGUUUCCUUUCAGUAAUUACUGAGGGAUAGAAAACACAUGUGUUGGGAUCGCAUUUUUUUUCUUAACCCCCCUUUUUUUCCCCCCUCUUCUUCCCCUAAAUCAGUUCAUCAAUUCGCAAAUUAUAGCUGGGGGGGGGGGGGGAAGGAAAUCUCCCGACACGUUUUUCUAUUUUAUUCUCCGCCCCCCCCCCUUUUCUCUGUGUGAGCAUCAGUGGGGGGAGAGGGAAGAAAAAAGAAGAGGGAGGGGGAAGAAUAUAGCUUAUGAGUGGUGAAUGUUAUUUCGGAUUUCUAUGGGCGCUUUUCUUUUCUGGGAACAAAGAGCAACUCCUAUUAAAGAGCUACUCGAAGACUUGUACAUAUUUCUACUGCUGUGUAGCACUUUUAAUAAAACAUCUGUUCUUGCUUCUGCUGAUGAGUUUACAUAAUUGUUUGCAGACCAAUUUAACCAGAAAGCGCCCCACAUAUUCCCUCUCCAUGUUUUCAUGGGGGAAAAAAUAAAUACCUUUCUGGUAGUGACAUAGCUUGAUGAAAUACUUUCGAGAAAUCCCCAAACUGCUAGAAAAUAUCAAUGGGGGGAAAAAUAAUAUAUAUCGAGUGCAUUCAAAACGUGAGGCAAUGAGUAAAACAUACUUUAAUGAUGCCUCAUUUGUAUUUGGGGUGGUUCUGCUCUAUUUUUGUUUUUCACCCCCCUCCUCUUUCUCUGCCUUUUCUCCCCAGAAACCUGGGUUUUAGCGUGGGGAGAGGAUUCUAUUUUAAGUUUCUUUACGGCAGCUGGUUUCUGUUCACUAUAAAUCGACCAGACUUUUAAGACUUGCCCUCUGUUUAGAGAAGUAAUAAAACACUUAACUUUCUCGACUCCUAGUCACACGGUUAUCACACAGGUCUCUCGAUACAACAGCCCCGAGCACCUACACAAAAUAGAAAAGAAAAGGGGGGGGGGCAAAAAAAUAAUAAUAAAAAAUAAAAAUAAGAAAUAAGAAGAAAAAUCGACCACCACCCCCCCUCAAUGGAGCUUCUCCAGGGACUCCUCCAAACUUUGGCGUGGGUAUCAAUACCCUUCCAUAGGUGCAACUCCCCCCAGCCAAAGGUCCAACCCAUCCAGCUGUAGCUCCUUUUAAUUUACUCGCCAAAUUACAUCGGGCUGUAAGCAAUACAUAAGGUAAGACAACACGCCAAUAACUGCAAAGCCCUCAUCCAUUCUCCUCUGCCUCCAGCCCAUUUGUUGGACCUUUACAACAAUUUAAUAUCUGGAAGGAGCCUGCCUGGUCAGUGGUUUCCAAAGAAACCCAGCUCUGAAAGGACUUGGGCUCAGAAGAGAGGUGCCCAUGGCUACUUGUAUUUACAGCACCCCCUUUGCUCCCCAGCUCUGUGUGUGUGUGUGUGUCCCGGUGGGGGUUUCACAUCUCAGCAGAAAGCAGUAAAAAAUCAAAAUAUUCAUAAUAAUCCCCCCCCCAGUAAUCGCAUUUCUUUCUUAGUUUCUUUAUUUUCGCCUUUCUUUGACUCCAGAAAUGCCCGGGCAGGCUCUUGGGAAAGAGGAGAGGGAGAAAAGGGAAACGAAAGCAAACUGAAGUUCGCUUUUUGGAGAGGGGGAACCGCCUGUAAAUCUCCCCCCAUGCAGAUGAGUCUUGUGUCUACUCCAGGUUGGGCAGCCCUAGGUGGGAGCCAGCGAGCUCCCCAUGCUAAAGAAGAUGGUGCACACUUCCAGCUCUCCCCUUUUUUGGUUCGAAACUUUAUUUUUUUCCCCUAGUGACACUCAGGGGAAGCCUUAACGUUAUAGAAGAUGAAUACACGAGCUUUUUUUUUUUUUCAGUUGUAGUCUCGUUUAUGGUUUUAUUGCUACCAUUGAUUACUUUGCUUUGUUACACAGAGGAAAAAGAGCAUAAAAUCCGUUGGCAUCCGGGUUCCUGUUAUAGCUGGGGAAAAAAAUAUACACCCACCCCCCCAACCCUUCUUUGUCAGCUAAAAUCUUUUAGGGAUACAUCGCUAAAAGAAAAGAAAAAAAAAAAAUCAAAGGAAUUAAGGCUAUUGAUUGAGAGGAAGACACACAAAUAACUCUCAGGUUUGAAUUGGAGUGUGCACCCACAAACCUUCCUCUCCCCAGGCCCCCGCACCCUCCCGCUUAAAAUGAAAACGUGGACACGAUGGAGGUUGAAAGAAAACCCCCAGCAACAACAGAGAGGAGGCCAGGGUUUCCCUGCCAUAAUUGAAUUUUUAAAUAGCAAGCCACCAGAAUGAUAAAGAUACCUCGCAAUAUUUACAGAUCAGCAGGUAUGUUUUACAUUUAAGGGGCAAUUUAUGGCUCUGGAUUGAAAUUAAAAUUAGAUUAGCUGUCUUCAUUUCAAUUAGGUCUAGGUGCAAUCUACCCAGAGAAGAUAGGGUAGAAUCCUCCCUUUCAUCUAACUAAAUAUUUGCAGGAGAAGUUUCCCAAUCAGUUGUAAAUAUCUGCAACUAUAAAUUGCUGCAAACACCAACACGAGGUUGCGUCCCCAGCCCAGGCUCCCCAUUCCAAACAGAAACGCCCUGGUUAUUUUUUAUUGCAUUUAUUCCUCUUUUUUUUUGUUUUUGCUGCUGUUGUAGUUGAAAAUGUAAAUACCCUCCAGCUUUGAGAAUGAACAGGGAAACGUUUGAGGGGAGAAAUGUCAAACUCGAGGAGAAAUCUAACUUCCAGGCUAACGUGAGUUUGCAAUGUUGGGUGUUGCUCUGCUGGAUGUCUUUCUUUCCCCCCUUCUCUCCCCUCCCCAAGACACACUUUGGGAAGGCUCUGAAACACGUUAUCAAUUCAGAAGUCGCCAUGUUUUCCCCCCUCUCUUUAUGUAAUAUUUUCUCAUCAGGAACACAACCGUUUGAUUCCAUAAUAUUGACCAAUGCUACAUGAGAACAAGAAGGAGAAGGAGAAAAAAAAAAAAACAAAACAACAAAAACAACCCAGAGGGUAAUUUAUGGCUUAAUAUUCUGUGGACAUCUGAGAUUUAUUACUGUGAAUUCUGAGCUAUUUUAUUACAAGAUAUUAAGCAAACAUUGCUUAAAACAACCCACCCAACACAACAACAACACACACACCACAACCCCAAAGCACAAGCCCCAUAACGCUCAGACACACAGACGGUGCUUCCAAACCUCAGUGACCAUUAGCAGAAAAGGGGGGUGAAGGAGAAAAGGGGGGGGGAGGGAAAAGUUAAGCCUGGCUUAAGAAAUUUGCCCCCCCCCCUCCUUUCCCCCCCUUCAGCCCCAAGCAGCAUCCCCAGCCCAGGAGCUCUCCCCUCCCCACCGCAUCCUCCCCAUCCCCCGGCGCCCCGGGGGUGCUGGGGGGGGUUUGGGGGUGCAGGACUUACUUUCCAUGCCCACUUAGUUUCAACUAGGGAAUCAACAGAAGCAAAAGCAAUUUUUUCCCUUUUUGACACCCGCCUCCCCAUUGGCUCCCCCCGGGUCAGCUGACUUUGUCAUUUUGUCUGUCCUGGAGCAGAGCCUUCCCUAUAACAAUCUAGUUCAGACUACAAACUGGAGACAGAAAUAAAUAUUAAAGAAAUCACACAGCCAGGUGUAGAGGACGAUAUGAAUUCCUAUUUUACAAACCCAUCUUUAUCCUGCCAUCUAACCAGUGGCCAAGAGGUGCUUCCCAACGUAGCCCUCAAUUCAACUGCCUAUGACCCUGUCAGGCAUUUUUCUACUUAUGGAGCAGCCGUUGCUCAAAACCGGAUUUAUUCUUCUCCUUUUUAUUCACCGCAAGAUAAUGUUGUGUUUAGCUCCAGCCGAGGACCUUAUGACUAUGGAUCUAAUGCUUUUUACCAAGAAAAAGACAUGCUUUCUAGCUGCAGGCAAAAUUCUAUGGGACAUAAUACACAGACAUCAAUCGCACAGGAUUUUACCAGUGACCAAAACAGGAACACUUCGCAAGAACAAAAAACUAGCAUUCAAAUAUACCCAUGGAUGCAGCGUAUGAACUCCCACAGUGGAGUGGGCUACGGGGCCGACCGCCGGCGGGGCCGCCAGAUUUAUUCCCGUUAUCAAACCUUGGAGCUGGAGAAGGAAUUUCACUUCAACCGGUACCUGACCCGGCGAAGGCGGAUCGAGAUCGCCAACGCUCUGUGCCUGACGGAGCGGCAGAUCAAAAUCUGGUUCCAAAACCGGAGGAUGAAAUGGAAAAAAGAAAGUAAUUUGAGUUCAACCCUCUCCGGGGCGGGGGGGGCCGCCGCCGCCGCCGCCGACAGCUUGGCCAAGGAGGAGAAGCGAGAAGAGACAGAGGAGGAGAAGCAGAAGGAGUGAAAAAGUGACAGCUCGGCGGCAGGACACCCCCCCCCCCUUCCCCUCCAACCCCCCCCUCCAGACCCGUAUUUAUCACUGGCACAAUGUUUGGCUACGUUAAAAAAAAAAAAAAAGGGGGAAAAAAAAAAGAGAAAAAUAUUAAAAAAUAAUAUUAAUGGGGGGGUGUGUUAAAAAAUUAAGGUCUAAGGUGGAAAUGUGGACACCCCCCCCUCGCUACACAGCCCCCUCCCAGUGACCCCAUCCCCCGCACACCCAUCUCGCCAUCGCCUAUUUAUCUAUCUCGGGAUAAGACUGUUUCAAGCCGCACACGCUCCACACCCCCCUUCUCCUCCUCCUCCUCCUCUCCUCUCCCAUCCCUUCCUUUGCCCCCCCCCCCAAAAAAAAUUGGGCAUCCACCCUCCGCUGCGCCGGGUCGGCCCCUGCCCAGCCGCUUCUCCUCCCCCCCAGGCAGAGCAGCUCUUCCUCCCUUGGUGAAAAAUCAGAUUUUCCCUGCCAAAAGCUCUUUUCCACCUAAAUAUCGCAUUUUCAAGAGCAUCCUCCUUGUAUUUAAGCAGAUACCUGGGCUCAUCGCUGCAUACUACAAACUGUGACAGUUUCUGUGUGAAUAUUUUUAACUGUGUUUGUGGUACCUGUAUUUAUAUUUAUGUUUAGCACUGUAAUGUUCCACGGUAUAAAGUGAAUGGAGUUCUAUAGCGGUAGAAAAGGAAGAAAACAAAUAAUAAAGAAAUAAUAAAAGAGACAAAAAAAAAAAAAGGAGAAUUAAAUCAAUUCUUGUGUUACACCCUCAUGUAUAAAGGUCAUGUCCAGAGGACUAUGUUGAGUAUUUAAUAAAAUCUGAAUAUUAUUUUUAAAGUUUAUAGAAUGGCCUCUGAGCUUCAGUCGAAACCUUGCGUGUUGAUAACAGCCUGUUAGAAAGUUCACUUAUCUUCUGUGUGUUGUUCCUGAAAAAGAAAGCAUCAGCUCCCUCUCUCCUUUUCCUCCUUCCUUCGUCCCUCUCUCUUUCAAGAGUAUUC